AUGGCCAGUCCACUGUGCCCUGCAGUGCUCCUGCUGGCUGCCUUUGCCCUGAUCCUGGCUCUGGCUGUGAACCCUGCAGUCAGUAUUAACUCUAAGGACAAGCAGGUGGCAGUGGGUAGAGUGGAGGAGGCUGACCCCAAUGACCAGGAGACACAGAAAGUGGUGAACUUUGCUGUCAAAACUUACAACGAUUUGAACAAUGACCUGUACCUUAGCCGGCCAAUUCGAGUGAUGAGCGCCAACCAGCAGGUCGUGACUGGGAAGAACUUCUACUUGAAAAUAGAGCUAGGCCGAACCAUAUGUACGAAGGCCCAGUCUGAUUCAGCUGAUUGCCCUUUCAGUGAACAGUCAGAUCAGCAGAAGAAAGUAACCUGCAAUUUUGAGAUCAACACAAAGCCUUGGUUGAACGAGAUGUCCAUGACAAACUUCAACUGUCAUAGUGCCUGA